UUCACAGUGAGAUUACCAUGAGCUCAUUAAAGUGCACGAACCCUCUGUUGGGCUUUUUACUGCAUGAAAACAAUUGAUUACUUAAAAAACGGUCCCACCCUUUCCUAAAAGCACACGAGUGUGUAUAUAGGCUGCUACCAACAGCUCACAUACACCCUGAAUAGGAAGCACAUCUCUCUGACGGACACAAUCUUUUUUUUGAAGGAGGAUAUCGCUUGCUGGACUUACAGAAGUGCAACAAGAUCGGUCAUUGUUAUCUGUGGAGAAACAUGGGAAACGAGAACUCCAAGAACAAAGAACUGCAGAACAGGAACGGCAGGAUUCCUGAGAAGCAUAUAAAUGGAUCAGCGAACGGCCUCUCUGCGAACCUCUCAUCUAACGGCUUGGAGAUUUCUGCUAACGGUGAGGCCGCAGUCCAGAAGAAUGGCGAGUCCUCUUCUUUAAAGCGUGCGACUGAACCAAAUGAUUUUGUCGUUGUGGAAUUAGACGGUAAAGCUGCUGACGCUCCAGUUAUUUCUGAAAUCCUUGAAAUCGUCAUCCACAAGGAAGAGGUCAGGGAAAGUGAAGGAGAUCAAACGGAUGUUAGUCUCCCUGCCACCAAUCUACAGACGGAGUCAACCUCAAGUGGAGAAGAAGCAGCCGCAGCGAUGAUCGCUGUGCACCUAGACAGCGUAGAGUGUCCGCUUCGAAAAGCUGAAACAUCAACACAAACAGACGGGACAACUGAGGCAGAUAUCUCGACACAAACGUAUAAGAACGAGGAAGUCGCAACCACCGAUAACGAGGUUCCUGUUGAAGAAGCAGUCUCCAUGGAGACUGGAUCAACUGAAGAAGACCCUCUAAAUGUGUCGGCCCGCGUCAUUGUUCAGGAUGACGGGGAGUCCUCCGACAACCAGGCCGCUCGGACCAUCAAUGAGGGGGUGGUCAUGUAUGAAAAUAUGGUGUUCAGACUGGAACGGGCAGAACUUGAUGGAACUGAGUCAAACAUCACUGCAGAACCAGGUUUUAACCCAAAAGUAUCCGAGAUUGAAGAGGAAACAGUUGCAGAGGAAAAUAACAUUGGAGAAACAUCGGCAUCGGAGGUCUAUUACAGCUUUCCUAAAGUGGUGGCAGAUUGUGUUGAGGUGGUUUUUGCGGAUGCGCCUCAGUCCACCGGCUUUGCUGCUGUGGACUCGUCAGUGCUUGCAGACGGAGUAGCUACUGGAGACAAUGGCGAAGGAGCUGGACACACGUCAGUCGAUGCCGUGCAGACUGAAACCGCCAAACAUCAGUCCACUGAGGCCCGGAAAGCAAAUGCCGUUCGUUCCUCAGCCACCGCGCUGAUGGAGACAAUCUCUGAGGUUGUUUGCGAGGCACCUGAUCCCGCACCAGCAGACCACGAUGCGCCCGCAGAGCAUUCUUCUGCCCGUCUUGCAGUAGCACUUCUAGUUAAGGCAGAAUCUGCCCAUGAGGAGGUCACCGCUGAUGAUGCUGUUGCAACGGAGAUUGUACCAGAAACACCUCAACAAGCAAAACUGGACGACGAGCCCUCAGAGAAGUGCGAUAGUUGCCCUGAGCAUGACAUCAUCACUGCAGAGGCUCCCAAUAAGCCUGCCAUCAUUGAGGAGCUUCCCGUGGAACCAGAAAGAUAUGAAGAAGCAGAACCAAGUCCCGUACUUGCCAAAGACAGUGCUGAGGCAAUGUGGGAAGCGGCAAUCAAUGCCCUCUCUGAAGACUUCAGAGAAGAAUCUAGCAGCCUGCCUCGGGAGGCUGCAGCGGCCAAAGGCUUACCUCUGAUAGAGGAGGUGAUCACCGCGUCAACUUUUGCAGGCCUUCCAGGGGGCCAAGAAGCAAGCAUUGCUGUUGCAGAGGAGCUUUUUAAGAGGGUCACUGCAGAGGCUUUAUCAAAUGCAACUGAAACAGUAGCAGAAGACGCCACAAACACUGGUGAGGAGCCUGCAGAUGUGCCGCCGAUGGACGCCACGGGAGAGCCCGAGCUUUGCGUUUCGGUCCAAGAGAGACUCAGAGACGAGAACGUCGCCCCGGCAGAAGUACCAGCCAAUUCCAGGAGUUUGAGCCAUCUCGAGCGCCGACCAAAGUCCAGCGCGCAGAUCGUCGCCAUGGAGACAAUUGAAGACGGGGCUGUGAGACAGAUAAUGCAUGAAACAGAUACUUCUGCGGUGGAUGUCUCCCAGAUUACCACUUUGGAUGAGGCUAUGUCAGAGAGUUUCGACGCUGUCCUUGAGGCCAUUGUGGAAGAAAUCAUUAACGAGGACGUCUUCUCAGCUGACGGCCGCCUCGUGACUUCAGACGAGGUGUCACCAGAGGCCUUUGUAGAGGAAGACGCUGAAGAGGAUGCAGAGAAGGAAUCAAGUGUGAACUCAUCAGAUCCAACAGUGGACUCACAAAGUGUCACAAGAACAGACAUGGAAGCUUUAGCUGUUAGUUUGCAGUCGGCGUGUAAAUCAGUUGUUGAAGAAUCGACAAAUAGGCCUGGUAGUUUAAUGCUUCCUUCACUAGGAUACAGUAUCACGGUUACUGUUCAUGUGGCGCCAAAGCAGUAAAAUCCUUGUCUGAACUUUUUUGUUGAAAAUGAUUGGUCUGCCUCCAGGAUGUAAUGUGUUAAAUGAUUGAUGCGAAAGUAAUUACAACCCAAUUGUAAAAUUAUUUGUGUUUUAUCAUAACAAGCAAGUCCCUCUGUUUUUUUAUGCUUUAUUAACACUUGCUGAUUUUCCAAUAAAAUGAAAAAUGAAACCGUUCAUGAUUUUCUUCAUCAUCUGUUUGCAUUCCUUUGGUCGGUGUCAGGUGACAAAUAAUACCUACUUUCAAAAAAGUAGGGCCACUAAUGACUUUGAAAAACAAUGAAUUAGACAUUUGAACGUUAGCAGAUUCACUAAUGAUCUUUAAAUCAGAGUUGGUCAACGAUAACCCAGCAUCAAAACCCAGCAAAGGUAUUUGCGUUUCCUGACAUUCUUUUCUCCGGGCAAAACUCUCACACAUUGUUGAAUAUCAAUGAGUGAGGGGUGGGACACACGCAUUGAUAAAAGGCCGAUUGUUGACAGUGCCCCGAGUAGGCAGAGGCAUGGUUGGAAUUGUGUACUCCCAUCUCAAUGCUGCGAUUAAGACCCUCACUGCUUGCAUUAUAAGCCACGCUGCUCUAACGCAAUACUCAAAGGCUAAUUCUUUGUGAUGGUGUAUAGGAGACAGCUAAGCAAAAGCAAGGGUCAGAAUCAUUGACGGAGCCAGAGAGUGUGACUCUAGACUCUGACGAGGGAAACCAGGAGGACAAUAACCCA